CCCGGCUCCCGGCGCCCCGCGCCCCGCGCCCAGCGCCCCGCGCCCCGCCACCGCUGCCGCCGAGCAAAGCCGGGCUGGGCUUGGAGCUCCUCAUGGAGAAAGUGCCAGGCGAGAUGGAGAUCGAGCGCAGGGAGCGGAGCGAGGAGCUGUCCGAGGCGGAGAGGAAGGCGGUGCAGGCUACGUGGGCCCGGCUCUAUGCCAACUGCGAGGACGUGGGGGUGGCCAUCCUGGUGAGGUUCUUUGUGAACUUCCCCUCGGCCAAGCAGUACUUCAGCCAGUUCAAGCACAUGGAGGAACCCCUGGAGAUGGAGCGGAGCCCCCAGCUGCGGAAGCACGCCUGCCGAGUCAUGGGGGCCCUCAACACUGUCGUGGAGAACCUGCACGACCCCGACAAGGUGUCCUCUGUGCUGGCCCUUGUGGGGAAAGCCCAUGCCCUCAAGCACAAGGUGGAGCCAGUGUACUUCAAGAUCCUCUCUGGGGUCAUUCUGGAGGUGGUCGCCGAGGAAUUUGCCAAUGACUUCCCACCUGAGACGCAGAGAGCCUGGGCCAAGCUGCGUGGCCUCAUCUACAGCCACGUGACCGCUGCCUACAAGGAAGUGGGCUGGGUGCAGCAGGUCCCCAACGCCACCACCCCACCGGCCACACUGCCCUCUUCGGGGCCGUAGGACCCCUCCCUCCACCCCCCUCCCUGGCAGCACCUUGAGCAGAAGGCCGAGUUCUGAAGACCCCCCUUGAUGCUCCAUUUCUGGGUGCCAAGGAAGCUGGAGGAAUCCCUGACUCAACUUCCCCGAAGGAGGCCUCUGUGGUGGCCACGGUCCCCUGCCUGGAGCUGCCGGGAGGCGGCGCUGGCUGCCUGGAUGCUGACCCCAGCGCGGCGGGCAGG